AUGCUGUUCAUCAUCCUGGUUUCCGCUUUGUUUGUUGCCACUUCAGCCCAAACCUGUGGCAACAGUCAAGGACCAUGUCUCAAAAUGACUGUCAACACAAUUGACAUCUACAUGUGUCCAGAAGGAAUGGCCUGCUUGACUAACUCGACAUGCUGCGAGUAUGCCGAUAUUCAAGUCUCAACUACAACCACAACCGCUGCCAGUACCACUACUUGCUCCGAUAAGGUCAACCCAUCCACUGGAGUUUCGGAUUGCCCCAAAAGCGCAUAUCUCUGUAAUGAUUCCACCUAUUACGCCUUGAUGACUGAGCAAUGUCCAAAGACCUGUAACCGGUGCAGUGGAGGAAGCAACAACAACAACAGCAGCAACAAUGGAGGAUCUUCUUCAAGCUGUGUCGACAAAGUCAACCCAUCGACCGGAGUUUCUGAAUGUGCAUCCAAGGCAUACUUGUGCACCAACUCUAUCUACUUGAGUUUGAUGAAAGACCAGUGCCCAAAGACUUGUGGAUUCUGUUAA